AUGGCUUCUGAUAAGAUGGACCGCGGCCUCGACGAAAUCAUUGCGGACAAGCGCAGCAAUGGAUCUCGAACCCGACGCGGUGGCGACCGCCGUCGUGACCGUCAAGACCGUCAAGACUAUCCCCGUGACGGGGUGAAAAAGUCUCUCCGCAACGAGCCUCGAAAUUUGGAUAGCGAAUGGGUACACGAUCGAUACGAAGAAAACACGUAUCGCAACAGAGGCCCUGCACCGCGUCGCAGGCGCGAAUCUCCCAGCGGGGGAGAGGCCCGCGGCGCACGACUCCGAGUUGAAAAUAUCCACUACGAUCUCACCGAGGAAGAUCUCGAUGAACUUUUCCGAAGAAUUGGCCCGAUUACAAAGCUGCAACUGCGUUAUGAUCGGUCUGGGCGGUCCGAAGGCGUAGCUUUCGUAACGUAUGAAAGCAAGGACGAUGCCGCGGAGGCUGUGAGACAAUUCGAUGGUGCCAACGCGAACGGCCAGCCAAUCCGUUUGAGCGUCAUGUCAAGCGGGCCUUCUCGAAACCCGUUUGAUACUGCUGUGAUGCCAGGCAAGCCUUUGUCCGAACGCAUUUCUGCUCCUGGUGGCAGAUCUCGAUCACUCUCCCCUCGGCGGUACGAUGAAGAAGAUGCCGCUCGCAGGGGCAUUGAUCGAUAUGUUCCGGGUGGAAGUCGCUCCAGAAGCCCCAUGCCGCCCCGCCGUGGAGGGGGAGGGCGCCGCCCUGGUGCCCGACGAGAGGGUGGUGGAAGGGAUCAGGAUGCUGCUCGUGGCGGCCGGGGAGGCAGAGGAAACGGAGGAAGCGGAGGAAGCGACCGUGCUACACGAACAAACACGCCGCGACUCAAGAAGACCCAGGAGGAACUGGACGCCGAGAUGGAGGAUUACUUCAACGCCCACGGCGGUGCCCCAGAGCCUGCUGCGGAAGCUGCCGCGCCCAGCGGAGAGGCUGCUGCACCCGCUAACCCUGAUGACAUCGACAUGAUUGAGUAA